CUGUUUUGACAAAAAAAAAAAAAAAAGAGAAUCCCUUGCAAAUCUCAUUCUGUGUGCUGCACAAAUAGCCCCCCCUUGAUGAUGGAAUCCAUCAGCAUCAUCACCAUCUGCUCUGUUCUUUCAUGGAUUCCCUUAAAUUCCCUUGAAUCCAUUACAUUCCAUUAGCACCAUACCCAAAUACCCAGUUUUCAUUUUUGCAGAAAAAGAAAAUGGAGGAGAAGCAUGUUUUGUUCGGAAAAUACGAGAUUGGUAAGCUGUUAGGGAAAGGAACUUUCGCAAAAGUGUACCACGGGAAAGAGUUAACGACGGGUGAAAGCGUGGCCAUUAAAGUCAUCAGCAAAGAUCAGGUGAAGAAGAAAGGGAUGAUGGAGCAAAUCCAGCGAGAAAUCUCCGUUAUGCGCCUCGUCCGACAUCCCAACAUAGUUGAACUCAAAGAAGUAAUGGCCACCAAGACAAAGAUCUUCUUUGUCAUGGAAUAUGUCCGGGGAGGUGAACUCUUUGCCAAAGUUUACAAAGGCAAGCUCAAAGAAAACAUGGCGCGUAAGUACUUCCAACAGCUGAUUAGCGCCGUCGAUUUCUGCCAUAGUCGUGGCGUUUCCCACCGUGAUUUGAAGCCGGAGAAUCUUUUGUUGGACGAAAAUGAAGAUCUGAAGAUCUCUGAUUUUGGGUUGUCGGCUUUGCCGGAGCAGAUCCUCAACGAUGGGUUACUUCACACUCAGUGUGGGACUCCGGCUUAUGUUGCUCCCGAGGUUUUGAGGAAGCAAGGGUACGAUGGAUCCAAAGCUGAUAUCUGGUCUUGUGGGGUUAUUUUGUAUGUUCUUCUUGCAGGUUUCUUGCCUUUUCAAGAUGAGAAUCUGAUGAAGAUGUAUCGGAAAGUUUUCAAGGCAGAAUUCGAGUUCCCCUGCUGGUUUUCCACCGAAUCUAGGCGGUUGAUCUCGAAACUACUCGUGUCGGACCCCGAAGAAAGGAUCACUAUCGAUGCCAUAAUGCUUGAUCCUUGGUUUCGGAAGGAAUUCACACGUUCGCUCGCGUUCUCGGUCGAGGAAUCGACGGAGGAUGAUGAAUCCGUUGCCAAACGAUCGUCCCCAAAGUUUUUUAAUGCGUUCAAGUUGAUUUCCUCGAUGUCGUCGGGGUUCGAUCUGUCGAGUUUGUUCGAGAGCAAGAGGAGAUCGGGGAUGAUGUUCACGUCGAGAUGUUCGGCCGGGGCAAUCAUGUCGAAAAUCGAAGCUGUUGCGAAGGGGUUGAAUUUUAAGGUGGGAAAAGCCAGGGAGGAGUUCAAGAUGAGAUUACAAGGGCCGUCGGAGGGGAGAAAAGGGUGGCUUUCGGUGACGGCCGAGGUGUUCGAGGUGGCACCGGAGGUUGCGAUCGUCGAAUUCGCCAAGUCGACGGGGGAUACCUUGGAGUAUGCUAAGUUUUGCGAGGAAGAUGUUAGGCCUGCAUUGAAAGACAUUGUUUGGACAUGGCAAGGUGACUGUUUCGACAUGGCAAAAGAAUGUGAAAAUACACCACUCACAUAUAGAGUAAUCCAGUUUGAGGAUGAUGACGAUGUUGCUGUUAUGGUUGGACUGCAUCAAUCAUCAAAUAAUCAAAUGAUUGAGAUUUAUAUUGAAACCAAAAAUGCAACAAAUCUUCAUACCUCAUCAGUAGCUGCACUCGUUGCAGAAGAACUGGGAUCAUCUAUACUAUAUGAAACUUGUGCAGAUGAUAGCCUUGUUGGGCGAUUCAGUGAAAGCCUUGCUGAGUUUAGUGAGGAUGAUAAAAUUGUCGCUCAAAUGAUGGAAGAAAAUGACACACCAAUACUUAAGGAUUUUGAUAUCACUGAUGUUGGUUAA